AUGGCCAACCUCAACGUCACCAUCCCUAAGUUGAAGCUCAACGAUGGAGCCUCAAUUCCCAUGCUAGGCUAUGGUACGGGUACUGCCUGGUUCAAAACUGGAGAGGAGAGCAAGAUCGAUCAGGCUAUCAUUGAUGCCGUCAAGGUCGCGACUAAGUUAGGAUACACUCAUCUUGAUGGUGCAGAGGUCUACAAGACUGAGACCGAACUUGGUACUGCCAUCAAGGAGAGCGGCGUCCCCCGUGAGAAGUUGUACGUCACCACCAAAGUGAACAACGACAAUAUCAACAACAUCGCUGGUGCUAUCAAGACAAGCCUGGAGAAGUUACAACUGGACUAUGUUGAUCUGUAUCUCAUUCACCAACCUUGGUUUGCAGGCUCAGACGAAGAACUCCAAAAAGCAUGGGCAGACAUGGAAGCCGUGCAAGCCUCCGGUCUCGCCAAGUCCAUCGGCGUGUCCAACUACCUUCCCAACCAUCUGGCCGCUAUCCUCAAGACCGCCAAAGUGAAGCCUGUGUGCAACCAGAUCGAGUUGCACCCUUAUCUGCAACGGCCAGAACUUCUGGAAUUCCAUAAGCAGAAUGGCAUUGCCACAGUCGCAUACGCGCCUCUAACCCCUGCUACCAAGGCUAAGCCUGGUCCUCUGGACGACUACGUGGGCAAGCUGACGAAGAAGUAUGCUGUGAGCGAGAACGAAAUUUACCUCCGAUGGUGCAUAGACCAAGAUAUUGUACCGAUUACGACGAGUAGCAAGGAGCAGAGGCUAAGUGAUUAUCUGAGGGCGACUACAUUCAAAUUGACGCCUAGAGAAAUCAAGGAUAUCAACGAGAUCGGACAGAACAAGCACUUCCGUGGAUUCUGGAACCAUAUCUUCAAGGGUGACGAUCGCUCUUAA